GUGGGCUGUGCGCUUCUGCUCGUAUUUCGCGGCGUGAUCAGACUUCGCGGCACUCAAGCGGCGACGCCAACGAGCCAGCUUCGCCCGUGUGCGUGUGUUUCCGCUGUUUCAGCAUUGGCGACGAAGUGCCGAGCACGGACUACGAAGCAUGGACUCGGCGGCGAAGCAGCGCUUUUGGGGCGAGCUCUUUCCGACUCGCCUGAGCGCCGUUGUGUUCGUGGCGUACAUCGGCUUCUUCGUCAACCAAGGCAUCCUGGUGACGGCGACCAAGAACUCGCAGGACCGGUACGACUACAACGUCACCGCGGUGGUGAUGCUCACCGAGCUGUGCAAGCUGUUCGCCGCCACGCUGCUCUACCUCAGAGACCAUUCAUUCCAGUCGUUGCUCACAGAAAUCGGCAAAAACCGAAAAGUGCUCUUCCUGUAUUUCGUGCCUGCGCUGCUGUACUGCUUCUACAACAACCUGGCCUUCGUAAACCUGGCUGCAUUUGACCCAACCACUUACAACCUGCUGUUGCAGUUUAGGGUUGUCAUCACUGGCCUUUCCUUUCAGGUGCUCUUCAGGAAACAGCUGACGCGAAAGCAGUGGCUGUCCCUGCUGUUGUUGACUGCAGGAUGCAUCGUGAAGCACCUCGGUCUGCCCUCAAAGUCGCCACAUGCCGCAGGCGGCGAAGUGGCCGGCAUCUUCAGCAGUUUGUUCAGUGGUCACAUGUUGCUGCUGCUGCUGCAAGUAUUUUGUUCCUGCUUUGCUGGCGUCUACAACGAGUUCCUCCUCAAGGACACUGGCGUCAACAUUGACAUUAUGAUUCACAAUGUGUUCAUGUACAUUGACUCGAUCGUCUGCAACGCAGCUGUGCUGCUGGUGCGCGGCGAGGCGUGGAGUGCGUUCUCCCGCGCAUCGGUUGCGACGCUGGUCAACCCGCUAGUCAUUGCCAUUAUUGUCAACGGCGCCAUCUGUGGCAUCGUGACGUCGGUCUUUCUGAAGAGCCUCAACUCCAUCCUUAAGACCUUUGCGAGUGCGUUGGACCUGUCCGUGAUGGCUGUGCUUUGUUGGAUCAUCUUCAAGAUUCCCGUCGACGCGUACACUGUCAUGGCGAUCGCUAUUGUGUCCAUCGCCAUCUACUGCUACUCUCAACAGCCUGUUGUGAACAAGCCCAAAGAGAUGCCACGGUCUCGGGAUGAUGAAGACUUGCAGCGCGGCCUUAUGAACGGUGGUAAGCAGCGUAGUGCCGCCGUGAGUGCAGAAAAGAGCACCGUACUAAAUGUAUAA